AUGCAAUGGGAGUGUGGUGAUUCAAUUCCACUGCUCCAGGACAAAUCUGACUCCACUGACGAUCUACAGAUGAAGGCACGGACUGGGAUCAGCUGGUUGGUGGCAGCCGCCUUUAUCGUGGCCGACAUGGCCGGAGGAGGUGUUGUUACCAUGCCCGUGGCUUUGCUCAAAUCUGGUAGGUUGUUUUGCAUUGAAAAGCAAAAGAUUUAAGUAGUUUUAAGGUUGUUUUGAAUCCAAGUUAUAUUGUAGUAGGUUUAACAUUAUUCUCUGAGGUUAUAUUAGAUAAUACAUCGCUUUCUGAUUUUUUACCUUCUAUAAUAUAGUAGAAUAUUAUAGUAAAACACUAUAUAAAUUAUUCACUUACUGAAAGUAUACAGAAUCUCGAUAACGAUAUAAAUUCAGGUGCUUUUAUGGGCAGUGUGGUGAUGAUAUUGGUAGCCACAGCCUUUUGUUACACUGCCCAUCUGCUUGGCCAGAACUGGAUAAUCAUGAGGAAGAGAUGGUCUCAGUAUGCCAAUCAUUGUCGCAAACCUUUUCCAGAAAUGGCAUUUAGAGCCAUUGGUCCUGAAGCCAGGAUCUUCACAGCCGGUACCAUUCAUGCCAUGUUGUUCGGAGUAAGCGUGGUAUAUCUACUGUUGUCUGCCAAGAUAAUCAACAGCCUUAUCACUUCGCUGAUGGAGUUUGACAUUGGGGAGUGUAGGAUGAUGGUACUACUGGCACUGGUACUGUUUCCGGUCACUUUACUCAAGUCUCCACAGGACUUUUGGUAUGUUAGUGAUGGUUUGAGAAUAUAAUAGUAAAUCUUUAAGAUAUUACAUAGUAAAUUGAUGUACAUAGUAAAGGUGGUAAAUUAACAAACAUGUAUACAUAUAAUGUAUCAAUAAAUCAGCAUUUGUACCAGUAUAAGAUACUAACGCACUUCUUACCACUACCAUUGCAGGAUAGCAGUCGUACUAGCGAUGGUAACUACAGUAUUUGCAGUAAUGCUCAUCAUAGUAGGCAUAGUAAAGGAUGACGCCGUAUGUGGAAAGGUAGCUAACAUACCAUCGUUUGACUCUAACGAGUUUGUCAUGUCAUUAGGUAUCUUCAUGUUUGCCUUUGGAGGUCAUGCUGUCUUCCCCACCAUCAUUAAUGACAUGCAACGGCCCAAAGAGUUCACAAGGUCGGCUCUGCUUGGGUUUGCUGGUAUGUUUGACUGUAUUAUUACUGUAUCUUCUUACUAUUACUACUUGCCAGGCUACUGUAACUAUUUAUUAGGCUUUCAUCUUCUAAAUUUUAUGAUAAUCUUUAACUGUUAUGCAUAACGUUAUGACUUUUGAUGGUUAUGAUGGUGUAACUGUCUAAAUAUAGUCAUGUCUUGCUUUUACAGGAGUAUGUGCUCUAUACCUACCGAUCACAAUACUCGGAUACCAAGUGUACGGUGAUUCUUUGACAGAUUCUGUGAUAUCGUCAAUUCAAUCAAAAGAGAUCCGAGAAGCUGCCAAUUUCUUCAUUGCUGCUCAUUGUAUAUUAACAUUGACAAUCACUAUCAACCCUUUGAAUCAGGAGCUCGAGAAUGCUUUGAAAUUACCGCAUGGUUAGUUUAAUCUAAAUAUCUAAGUGUUGUUUUCACUUUUACACUGUAUUAUUCCACACUGUUUUACUCUACUAAAAUAUUGAUAAUUUUAGAAUUUGGUACUGGCAGAGUACUAGUCCGAGCGUUCAUCCUCUCGGCUGUCACUUUCCUGGCCCUAACUGUACCAAGUUUUGGGCCGCUAUUAAAUGUUAUUGGAGGGACUACAGUAGCCUUAACAUCAGCAGUGUUACCGUGCCUGUUCAACAUGUAUCUGGUGGCUAUGGAGAGUGGUACUCAAAAGGAAGAGCAUAUUAGUUUUCUCAAAGCUGUUAAGCUGACUAGUUGGACCAGGCUUACUGUAAACUGCUUUGUCAUUUGUAAGUUUUUCAUAUUUGGAAGGAUAACAGAUAUCCAAUAACGCCAUAGAUGGAUUAUUUAAGCAGCAGGGAAGUAGUUUACAGCACCUAAGUUCACAGCCCUAACGUAAUAUAACUAACUUUCAGUAUUUGCCAUAAUUUUCGGCUCAAUAACAACACUGUCAGCUUGGAAAGAGUUGUAUGUGUCGGAGAUGAGCUACCCAUGCUAUUCUAGUCGUUACCAUGUCACAAUUUCACAGAAAAACCAUUGUUGCGGGCAUUUCAGGAACGUCACAUCUGAUACUGGUACUUGUAGUGUAUAUAAUUGA